AGUGCGUGAGAGAUGGUUGCCAGCAAGAAACCGAUUCCGUUCAAGAAAUUCAACUGAAUUUUAUACUCGCGCUUGCGAUUAGCCGACAUACGGUAUAUGCAAUCGGAGCUGGCAACCGGUAAUCCAUCUAUUACCGCAACGGAGACGCUACCGUCAAAAUACAGCGUAUAUCUCAUCGCAUAAUUUAAUUUGGACAUUGGGGAUCUUUUUGGUGUUUAGCGAAGAUAAUCCUUCAUGUUUGGAACCCGGCUUUUCCUGACGAUUGACAUAACGGCGGGCUGACCUUAACUCACAGCCAAUUAAGACAAGAUAUCGUAUGCAGUGCCUGCAUAUCUGUAAUUACCUGCGAUAGGUGGAUAAUUUUUUUAUUUUUCGUUACACCCGCGUGGACCACUCUGGAAUACUGGCUCGUAAGAGCAUCAUCAGCAAGUUUACACGACGGAAACGACCAUCGCCAUCAUUCAUUACAUAUCCAUCUAUCGGCUGCAUUCCACUAUUACAGCCGCUUGUAACAGCCAUGGAUGCUCGACGGCAAGUGUUUAUAGCUGGCGCGCUACGGCGCUUGUGCGUAUUUUUAUUCUAUCUUUUGGUUGGAUGGACGUAAUAUUUUACGAUCAGCACACAUAAGUGCUGUUGAUCUCGAUUGGCAGUAUAUUGUUGUGCCAGGCGCCUACGUUUUUCUCUACCAGUGCUCUUUGCUGGUUUAACUGGGCGAUCGGAUGUCGUUCUAAUUAUCUAGUAGAAACUAAGUAAUUUCUACCCAAAACACAUCUGGCACGUCUGUUACAACGAUCCGCUGUAAAGCGAGCGAAUGUAGCACAUACCGGAUUACAUCAUACAUAUACAUAAUUAUUCGUCAGUUGAUACAAUGGAUUACAAUCGCUCCAGCAUCCAUCCGGCAAGGUUAAACAAUCUUGCCACCAAAAGUGAGGUUCAUAAUCACCAUGGACGAAAGGGUCGAGAAGGAUCUGGUGAAGUGACGAAAUCGAUUAUACAUCCGUCCCCGGGCGGCCUCACAGAAGAUCUAUACCAGCGUCUGGUAAUUUUUCAAAGAGACGCAAAGGGCUAUGGACUAACUGUUUCCGGCGACAAUCCAGUAUUCGUUCAGUCAGUGAAAGAAGAUGGGCCAGCGGCACUCGCCGGAGUCCAGAAAGGCGAUCGUAUAAUAAAAGUUAACGGUACUUUGGUUACGCAAAGCAAUCACACCGAAGUCGUCAAAUUAAUAAAAGCCGACCAGCUGGUUACCUUAACGCUACUGGGCAAAUCGCCGACGAAGCCCAUUAACCAUCCGAACGCCGGCAGUAUGAGUAAUAUCAACCGUCAUGGUCGGCCGCCGCUCCCCAACCAAAACAGUCCCCCCACCAUCACCGCGCCCUUACCGCCCAGCCAGGAUAAGCAGCAAAUGUACACCGAUAAUCGGCUGCAGACGAUGAAUCUGAUGCGGGAAAAAGAAAUGCAGAAUAUUGCUCAAUUAACCACCGCCUUUUCCGCUAAUCCCACCGAUGAGAAACUCGGGAAGGAUAUUGAGGCGGCACUGAAGCGGGUGAAGCAUCUCCAAGACCAGAUGCUCAUCCUGUCGGUAACGCGGGCGGGUGCCACCGGCGGCGGAGAUGUGUCCGGCCCGACAUCUUUCGCUGACCGCCCUUUGCCGCCCAUCCCCACCGAGACGGUCAAGUCGCCUACCGAGACCGGUGGGGGGAUCGGGAGGACAUCGCGGAAGAAUUCUGGUGGCUCGGGACAUGUGCGUCAGUAUUCCACACCGGAGCCGCUGCAUAUUGCCGGUGCCAUGCUCAGCUGUCCGCCGGACUCGACGUUGCUAAAUCGGUCAGCCAGCGAUAUGAUACAGCCGCAAACGGAUAUGGAUGUGGAUGUCAUACCCAAAAAACCAGCUGAUUCUCGCUUUCGAACGUCGUCGUUCGGUGAGAAAAUGUUUUCGCCGCCCAGUACACCGUUUGGCCAACAAAGCAAUGUGAAUGGAUCGUCCAACCGCGCUCAUUCCGGCUUCCCCACUCUAUCCAGCAUCCCGCUGACCGUGUUCAAUCGGCCGGCGCAAGUGGACGUUAUGAGCAUGGAAGACGCCAGUCUCGGUGCCUUACCCUCGCAACCGGCGCCCUUUCUGCAGUAUUCCGCCCUCCAGCAGAAUCUCCCGCAUCUCUCCGUCUUCAUGUUCUAUCUGUGCACCAACAGUGAGCCGAAUACAUUACUCUUCCAUCUCCUAUCCGAUGCCUACCUGAAAGGCACCAACACCAAAGACAUGCAGCGCUGGGCCUAUGAACUGCACUCCACAUUCACCCUGCCCGAUGCGCCGCUGGAGCUGGAGUUUGUCCGGAAAGUGCCGGCAAUUUCCGGUAGUAUCGAGGAGUUACUGAGUAAACCGGAAUGGAAGGAUGACGAGCCGUUGCGGGCUGUCUUUAAUAAUGCGCGCAUCCGUGCUGGGGAUGUUGUUAAGAGUCAGCUGGCGGAAUUCCAGCAGAAACGCGCCCUGGGUAUGGCGUUCGGGCCCAGUGAGGCGGAACUGCAGGAGGCGUCCACAUCGGCUGACAGGACAGCGGAAAUGAUGGGCGCGGUCCUGGGACAGUGGCUGCAAUACAUUACGGAUGCACAGCCGGAAGAGCCGGAAAACAGACUAGAUAAGCAGGCGGCCACGGGCACGGCGCUGGCCACGUUUCUCAGGAUCUCAGGUGGAAAGCUGGUUAAGGAGAAAGACGCUACUGUCUCGCUGCUGGACAAGUGGCCUCUUAUGCUGCAGAAAGAAAAGCACAAGUUUAAACCCAAAGAGAAAGCCAAAAAGUUAUCGACACAGAACGGACAUCAGUUCGAGCCGAAAUCAUUAACAUCGACAGCAUAUUGCCAGCAUUGUUCGCAGCUAAUAUGGGGCGCCAGUCCGCAGGGAAAUGCCUGCGCAGCUUGCGGCGGCGUCUAUCAUCGCUGCUGUACGCGGCAUGUCGAUAAAUUAUGCAGCGGCAAAUCAUCCAGCCGAUCCUUGCCUUUCCCCGAUCUCAACUUCAUUGGACGUAAACGCAGCAACCAAAGCCCAAGUGCCAUUGCUGCAGCCAAAAAACAGCACGACGAUAAAAUGGCCACGGAGGCCGCUGCGACGGCUGCGAGUAAUACUUCUUCUGAUCUCUUAUCUGAUGCACCUGACAGUGAUAGACGACUUCCGGUCGGACAGCACCCGCCACUGGCAGCCGAUCGAUCGGCUAACCGAGACUCUUCAGCCACACCCGACCUCUCCGAGGCCUCGCGCUUAUCUUCUUCCACUCAAAUUACCCGCUCAGAGAGCCUGAAAACGCAGCAGAAACGCGUGGGAAAAACAGCCGGCAACCGCAAGAAAUCCGAUCCCUAUCAUUUGGACCGGGAAGCGGAUGAUGAGCGGAGCAGUAUGGGCAUAUCGGAGAACUCCUCAUCCACGCAUUCAUUACGGAGCAGCGAAAGUCCGAGGGAUUCGAUGGACAACGUGGGUGAUUCCGAUUUGGACGCCGAUCCGAAGACCAUUCCCGACUGGCAGCUGGACAUUAAGGAUUUCACUCUCCUGGAAGACUUAACCCCUAAAGAGCGCAAACGCCAAGACGUCAUUAACGAGCUGUUCCACACGGAGCGCACGCAUGUGCGCAAUCUCAAAGUCCUGCACCAGGUCUUCUACCAGCCGAUGCUGCGCGAUCAGAUCCUCCCGCCGGAUAUCCUGCAUCUUAUCUUCGCCAACUUGGAGGAGAUGCUCAGCUUGCACAAUGACAUUAACCGCGCCAUGCGCCGUCUGAAGAAGUCCACUGAUUUAGUGGGGAAUGUCGGUGAUCUGCUCAUUAGCUGCUUUGGACCGGCAUCCAUUCACAAGUUCAAGCUGGCGGCGGCUGCCUUCUGUCGUAAUCAGCAUUUCGGCCUGGAGGCGCUCAAGCAGCGCCAGAAGAAGGAUGACCGGCUGGCGCAGUUUUUACAGGAUGCGGAAAGGAAUACGCUGUGUAUGCGGCUCCAGUUGAAGGAUAUCAUUCCCACCGGCAUGCAACGCCUGACGAAAUAUCCACUUCUACUAGACCAGCUGCUCAAAUAUACUAAAGAUGACGAUGAAGACGGAAAACAAGAACGAGCCAAAAUCAACGUAGCUCUGAAUAACUGCCGUGACGUGUUAGACUUCGUCAAUCAAGCCGUUAUGGAGAGCGACAACAGGAACCGACUGAAGGAAAUACAAGAUAAAAUCGAUACCGGUCCCUUCCGGAAAACUCUUAACAAGCUUGGUUUGGACCCUAAGAGUUUCGACCUGAUCCAGCACAAACUAAUCCACUACGGCGAAUUAACAUGGCGUACGAGCAAACAGAAGAACAUCGAUCUCUUGGUUCUCCUUCUGGAACGACAGCUAGUGCUCAUCACCAAACAAGACGACAAACUGGCCUUAAAAUUCCACAGCAAUCCCACGCUGACCGGCAGUGCUUUGGACAAGCGCUCCUCCGCUUCCGACAGCAGCCGCUACUGGUCUCCCAUCAUCAAUCUGGAGAAUAUUCUCAUCCGUGAUGUCGCCACCGACAAGUGUGCUUUUUUGAUGUUCGGUGCCGGUGAGUUCGUCAAAGUCGAUCAGAUGUACGAACUGGUGGCACCCACAGCUAACGAGCAGAUCAAAUGGAAGAAGAAUAUCCAGCUGGCACUGGAGGGCAUGACGAAGCUGUACGAGAACAUGGCCACUGUGAUGCCGGAGACAGCCACGCCCAGUGUCCAGUCGGGUCCGGUGGCGCCCUCGCAGCCGGGUGAGACCGGCUCGCACCUGGCGCCGUCGACCGAUGGGAAUGAAUAUGCAGCGGAAGGAGAACGCGGUCCGCCGAGUGAAGGAGAUGAAGCUGGUAGUAAGCCGGGUGAAUCGGCGGAGCAGCCCACGGGGGCUAAAACAAAGAGACCCGCCAAUCUACUAUCGCCGUCGUUGAUCGUGUUCACGGUUCCUGACAUCCAAGAUGCAAUGACAGUUGUGACACCUUUUGAGCAACUGAAACGUCGAGACCGUGAACUGGAAGAAGCUCUUUCAUCCAAGAUGCGAUUAAUAUCCACGAUACUGGGCGUGAAUCCUGACAACAUUGAAGAAGUCGCCAAUAGAAAUCCUGACUUCGAAGCCGAUCCCCGGCAGCUCAUUUCUUGGUCAUCGCGCCAAGUUGCUCUCCUGGCCAAACUUCUGUCCGACGCCACCGCACUACACCACGAGCAGCUCCUCCUGCCACAAAAACACACCAGUCUCGCGGCGGAAGCCCACAAUGGCCGGCGCGACUUCAUCAGUCAGACCGACAUCCAACCGCCGACAGUGGACGCUCAUAAACUGGAGACCAUAGCGCUCAAUCUGAACCGAUACAUGACGGCUCUGAUGAAAAUUAUCUGUCAGAGGGAAAUGGAGAAUCAACAACUGCGCAAAGAUCUCGAGCACCAAAAGGAGCAACUGCGAAUUCUACGAAGCGAAGCAAGGUCACCCGCCCAUUCUCGCCCAAGCAGCUUCAUUUCGGUGUCGUCAACGGGGUCGUUCCCAGCGGAUUCUCUGGACGGGGACUCCGACCACACGACCCUUACGCUGUCCGAUGAUUAUACCGGUCAAGCGUUGUCGGUACCGAACUCCAUUCGCAGAAUCCGUUCCUCUGAAUAAAUACAGAAAAAAAUAUCCUGGACGAAGCUGAUUUGGAGCGACGAAUAGGAUAGAUGACAAAAGCCGAACUGCUCAAUGGACUUUCAAUAAAUGUGUUCCUGAAGUGAGCUUUAUUAUUGACUUUGAUGCUGUAAAUGUACACUGCAAAAGUUAAGGCUUUGUGAUGCUGUUUCAAAGGUGCAUUAGUAAUACAGUGUGAUAAGAGGGUACUAGUUCCGUGAGGCUCUUCGUCUAAUGUUUACCGGUACGUUGUACAGUUUGAUCCACUGGUUCCCGGUAAAUUCUGGCGCUGCAAGCGUUUGGAAAUUUAAAAGAUUAUUUAAAACGUGCAUGGCUGAUACGUGCUUUUUGUUUAUAAAACAAGGAAAUUCAUUAUUAAAACUGUAAUUCACUA